UUUCAUUUUUCGUUGCAGGUUCAUCUAGUCUGCUUGACUUCAAGAUAUCAAAUCUCUGGAAUUUCUGCCCUGGAUUUUGCUGAUCAGUGAUCACAAGCUGCACUUUACUCUCAGGAAACAUUUGUUUCUCAAAAGCCAUGCCAUUUGUUUCAUCCAAAACAAAAAAGUAUGCAUAUAAAUGCACAGUAAGACUGCUUGAUGAUUCUGAGAUACUACAGUGUGAAUUUUUGGGGAAGGAGAAUGGACAGUACCUGAUUGACCAAGUGUGUGCACACCUUGACCUAGUGGAAAAGGAGUAUUUUUGUCUUAGUUUUGAGGACUGCAACAAAACAAAGCAAUGGCUCGAUCCCACAAAACAGAUCCUGAAGCAAGUGAAGGACAUGUGGCCGAUGGUGUUCAGUUUCCGGGUGAAGUUCUACCCGGGCUGGCCGGAGCGGCUGCAGGAGGAGCUCACGCGCUACCAGGUGUACCUGCAGCUGCGCCGUGACCUGCGCGCCGGCCGACUCUCGCCGCCAGAGGAGGAGGCCGCCCUGCUGGCCGCUCUCGUACUCCAAGUGGAGACGGGUGACCACGACCCGGAGGAGCAGCGCGGCCGGUACGCCUCCGACUACAGUCUGGUCUGGCGCGCCAGUAGCCGGCUCGAGGAGCGCACCAUGGAGCUGCACAGUCGGCAGACGCGCGGACUGGACCCCGGACAGGCCGAGAUGACGCUGCUUAAACGGGCCGCGCAGCUGGACACUUACGGACUGCGGCCGCAGGCGUUCAAGGACCAGCGCGGCGCCCCAGUGAUGCUGGGCCUCAACUUCCGCGGUAUCUCAGUGCUACAAGACGGUCGUCGCACACACCUCUUCCGCUGGCACGACGUUCAGAAACUCAACUUCGAGAACAAAAUGUUCAUCGUGCACCUGGUUUUCGUGGAAGAUUCGAGAAAUAAGAUCAAACGCACAGUCGGCUACAAAAGCGACUCGGUGCAGAGGUGCCGACACUUUUGGCGAGAUGCCACCGAGCAUCGACUGUUCUUCACGUGUGAGUCGUCCCGCAGUGCGCCCCGGAUGGUGCUGGGCGGCUCUCUGUUCUCUCGUCACUCGCGGGUGCGGUUCUCGGGCCGCACCGAGCGGGAGGUGUGCCGACAGCCGGUGCGCCGGGAGCAGCCACAGUUCAGCAGGUACGGGCUGCGUCCAUCAGUCCGGCCCAAGUCUCAGAGUGUACCGGCAACACCGUGCGAGUCACAGGGCAGCUCAUCAGCGUACGGCGCGGCUCGCCUGCCGCACGACUCUCCGAUCCCGGAGCACACCAGUCUGGCCGACGACGAGACCAUGAUGGUGGCCCCGUGUGGUCCCGAGGAGACCGGCGGCCGGCUGCUGCGUCCGCUGGACGAGAUCGUCAGCUACACGCCGCCCUCCAGUCCCGACAUGUCGCCGAUUCGGGCGUACGAGUCUGCCGGGCUGACAUCUCAGCAGCAACAGGACCGGUCCGCCGAGCGGCCGCUGCCUCUCACCACUCUCACUGUGCCCACCGGCUCACCCCUGCACGGACAAGCGGGCGUGUCGCGUCUGGAGCGCGGUGUGCCCCCGGAGCCGCCGCGCCGGCCGUCCCGCCGGCCGUCCGCUCCUGCUGCCGGCCGCCGGCUGCUGGUAGCGCCGCUGCUGCGCGUGCUGCUGUACGCAGUGCUGACGGUGGCCGCACUGCUGCUGCUGCUGCUGGUGGCCGUGUUCGAGCUGGACACGGCCGCCACGCGCGAGCUGCGUCUGUUCCCCGAGCUGCAGCUGCUGCGCCGGCGGCUGUACCAGCCGGCCCGCGAGCUGGUGGUGCGUGGCGUCAGCCUGUGACCGCGGCGGGCGGCGGGCACCGGCCCCAGAGACAGCUGAGUGCCGACCGGCGGGGAGGGGACGGCCGCAGAGGAGACGGGGUGGCACCCCGGGACGGGGAGGGGGGAGCCCCACAUAGAGGAGAGAUCGGCCGGUCAUUGAUGGAUAUUUUGGGUCGGUUUGGUGUAUACGGAUCCAGUAUUGCAAACUGGCAUGCCUCCGAUAAGAGGAACCCAUCGGGCCUGAAUAAACGGAUUUUACCCGUUGACACGGUCCACGAGGCAGCCCAGGGGGGUUUCCGUCUAAAGCGACAUUCUUGUGCUUUUAAGCUGUUCGCUUUUGGCUGGAGAGCCACUUGACUUUGUGAUCCCGUCGCGUCCUGAGAGGGGCUCGCUUCAUUCCGCAGCUUCAGGGUAGAGGCACGUUUUGUUUGUGCCGAGAGCUUCUAUGGGUCGGCUGGGCGGGGUAGCGGCUACUAACCCUGGCCACCGACCGUUGUGCAAGACACGCCUUCCUCGGAAUAUAUCAUGUGCAAUCGCGCUAGGUGGCGACACUUUCAGCGCUGUAUUUUGGAUGUAGUGAGUGUCGGCUAACGGCAUUUUUCCCUUUGGCCUGGCAGUAUUUUACACUGUAUGCGCGGCGCUUCUGCCAGCGAGGCCAUUUGGCCGUUCGUAUUUUGCCUUUGAUGUCUGGACGUAUAGUGUUUGGCAGCUCCUACUAACUGGCGGACUGACGACUUGCAACGGCCACUAACCGUCUCCGAUUAUUGGGGCUUACCAUUCUGGCAAGCAAUGACUCAUCCGCCUAUGUAGAUCCCCGAUCGGUCAGCAUGGGUCGUCAUCGGGCCAAGGAAGGGCUGUCAGCGACCCCUGCUUGACCGGUCUGUGGGGUCACUCAGUGACCCUUGACCGGCACUGCAUGGUCACUGAAAGUGUGUUUGUUGGGUCACUGCGUGACCCUACUGACCAGUUUGUGGGGUCACGUAGUGAACCCUGCUGACUGAUCAGUCAUUUGACCUGUAAGCCGGUCAGCACGGGUCGCUGGACCCCUGUAUGUCCGCCAGUGCCGAUUCCAGUAGCUUAUGGCGCGUCAUUAUGGAUGGUUGUGACCCAGCAUCCACCUGAUCUGUCCCUCUUGGCUUUAUUACUGAUGGUUGUUUUGUAUUUUUGUACUUAUGCUGUGCUGCGAAUCUCGAUUUUAUUUAUGCGGACGGGCGCCACUUUUGGCAGCCGCACGUUUUGAUGUACUAGUUUUGUGAUUGUUCUGUGAUUUUGUUGGUACUCGUUUUGUCUGACUGGACGAGUGUUGUGUCGUGUCCGUUAUUGCUGUGCUAAUAUGUCCACACCUACGCACAAAGCUCACUGAAUAAUCAGACUUUAUUCUGCCUACCUA